CCUCCGAGGCGCGCGGAUGUUUUCCCUUACAACAAUGUCAUAGUACAUUCCUAUUACGAUAUCUAUAUUUUUCCCCUUCUCUAUACGUAUCAUCUAUUUCUAAUGUAAUUUUCGGUGCUCAAUUAAAGUAAAGAUAAAUAAAUAUAUUUUAUAUACAGAGUUUUUGUUAUGGAAAAGUCAUUUAGUAGAGCUUAGGGUAUAUAUUAGUAGGAAGUGAUAGAAGCGGCAACAUGAACUUCAUAGGCGCAGUCGGCGGAGACGGCGAUGACAGCGACGAUAAGGAAAAGGAAGAAGAAGCCGAACGUGAGCGGCAAGAGGCCAUCCGCGAGGCUGAGGAGCGGCGCAAGGAGAAGCACCGCAAGAUGGAGGAAGAGCGAGAGAAGAUGCGCCAGGAGAUCAGGGAUAAGUACAAAAUCCCGAAAAAAGAGGAGGUGGUUGAGCAACAGCAGGCCGAGCCCGACAACCCGCUGAUGAGGAAGAAGAAGACGCCAGAGGAACUCGCUGCUGAGGCUGAACUCGAAGACCAAGAUGAGUUCACUAAAUUGAAAAACACCAUCGAAAACCAAGUAAACGAACUCAAAUCCCAAAUCGAGAGCAAGUGCGUGAUGCAGUGAGCUGCCGACGACGCUUCUCAUCAUUAUAUACCCUGAAUACAUGAUGUAGCUGUACUAACACAACCCGAGACCUCCCGACUUGACGACACACUCAACAUUGAUCGUCUAGAAGACUAACGUGCUUGCGUCAUCAACAGCGUCUUAGUAAACACCAUCUAAUAUCUCUCUGUCGCUCAAUAUAAACUUGUAGCUAUGAUUUACAAAGACAUAAAGAAUACGUGUCUUGCUGUCUGAAAACGGAACAGCAAUUUAUGGGCUCACUAUGAGAAUUUGCGACACAGUUUUUGCCGUUAGCUCUAGGUUCUUCUAGACUAUCUAUGUGCGAGUAUUGUCCGAGAACAGUGAAACAUAGACAGAACUUAAAUUAGCUUUCGUUCGAAAUGUGUUUGCGCAUUGGUGCUUGAUGAUAAGCAAUAUUUUUAUACACGACGUGUAAGCCGAGUACAAUUUGUUCAUACGGUUCAAACGUAAACAGGGCCAAGCGAUGGGCGGACGUUUAAAUCCAUUUUAUAUGUUGAUGCUUUGUGAUAAAAAAAUUGUUGUUAUUUAAGUGUAAAAACGAAUAUAAAUACAUAAAAAAUGGGUGUAAUUUAUUUAAAAAAAGAAUUCUUGUAUUAUAAGUCUGUGGCUCGCGCGUAGUUCGACUCUAGGCCUGAAAUGGCGCCAAACAGAAUCUAUUCUCGUUAUUCGUAUGAUAUUUGUUUCAUCCAAAUUCCGCGGGCUUCGUCGAACGCUUGUGCUCUCUCUCUCUCUCUUUCUCUCUCGUUCUAACUCUCCCUACUCUGUACUGAAAUUUCAAUAUCUUGAUAAUCUUUUGCAUGCGUGCUUCUGUAUUCGUGUCAGUGGUAGAUGUAUUUUACAAGACCUUAGCCUUAAUACCCACAUCGAACAUAAAAUAGGUGAAUACAUAAAUUGUUAUGCAAAAGCGUAUCUGACACGUCAGACUCGCGAUUGUUGUCCAAAUGUCUUGCGUGUGUUUCUUAAAUGAUAAGUAAAGUUUUUAGUGUAAUGUUAUGACGUAGAUUAUAAACAUAUUUCACGUUGUUUAAUAGUUAAACGCGUUGUAGAGUAGACCCGUUGGUUUCUAUAAUCUAAUCGUUUUAUCGCUUAGGUGUAAAUUUGAAACACAAUUGUGCGAGCAAUGAUGCAUAGAUCGCGGCAUCUGGGUCUGGUGGAUGUCAAACACAUUGACAGAACAGGAAAAUAGCGUUGAUAGCCUACCUAAAUGUCUAUACCUAAAUCACCAACGCUGUAAUUAACUCACAAACAGAAUAUCGGUACAGUAAAAAUACUUAUUCCAUGGUUAUGUCUAUUUCUACCACGAGACGACCUCUGGUUUUCGAAGAAAGUAUAGCUAACAUACCUUAAAGUGGGGUACACAAUGGUCCCCUCUCCACCAAAUCUCUGACAUCCACAUCAACAUUGUUGGUCUUAGUAUUAAAGAAGGUCUCUAAAUUGUUCUGACAAUUGUGUCCAAGAUAUAAAAAGCUGCAUUUGCAAAAGAUUCGUUAUCGUCAAAAGCUGUGAUAUAUGAAUAUAAAUAAAUAAAUAAAACGUUUCGUCUAAAGCGGUGUACCCGCGGACGUUUUCUUCUUAAGCUUGUCUAUCUAUCUCUUUCUCUCGAUCUUACCUUCUCUGUCUACACGAGUUCAGCACAUCAUGUAUUUCCCAUCUUACUGAUUUCAUCGCUCGCUUUAACAAAUCACAGUUAUACCUCCAGAAUUCUAAAUAACUGUAAAUACAAAUAUUUAUUUCCGAUCACCUUAUUAAAAAGUAGGUAUAUGUUUUUGAUAUAGGAUAAAUGUUUUGGCAGUUUGUAAAUCUGACAGUUGACAGUUCGUAUACUUUAAUUGACUUCUGUAAUCUGUAAUCUGCACGCUAUCAUAGAUACAUCGCAUCAGCACACACGAUCACUAAGACGACAGCGAAGUCGUUGAGUCCGUACACUUACUUCUAUUACACUAUAUUAAUUAUUAAGUGAUCCACUUAACGUGUGACUUAGUCUAGGUUUAACAAUAUAUAAAUAUAUAGAAGUACGGUAUUGUGCAUGGCAAUUUUAGCUGAUGGUUGUUCGUAGUUCGAAUACAAUAAUAGUUAAUAAGAUUCGAAAAUAUUACACGACCAAUAAUAUUCGAUUGAACGAAUCCACAUAAUUUUCACAUAACGCCUUAGAUUUCUCUUCGCGUUUUGCCAACAAGAAAUUCAUCCAUUAAAAUAUGUAUCACAAGCACUAUCUUUGUGGUGGCUUCGGAUACCGCUCUGUGUUACUAAAACGGAGAUUUCGAUUGAUGAUCCUAAUUCAAAAUAUGAAAAUAUCCAUAGCGCGCCAUGAUGCAGCCUCUUUAUUAAAUGGAUGGAUUUCAUCUGCUUGUCUUGGGUGUACUAUAUGCCCGUCGCAAUUACUCGUAGCUAUUUCUAUAAAACUAUCCUAAACUUUUAUCUAAUAUCUUUGAUCUCUAAGUAGUUUAGCCUGCCCCUUCGUUGUUGACUCAUAGUAGACUUAGGGAUUUUAGAAGAACAUAUUUUCAUAAAGUAUAGUCAUGAGAGUUAACAGAAGGCGUAAUUGUGUCACUGAUUUGAUAAUAACCGUUUAUUAUUUUAUUUGUACGCAUGUAAGUGCCAUUGCUCUUGGGAAACGUGUCGUUGUCUGUUUAUCAUUGUUUUGGCGUUAAGUUAUUGUUGUUAGCUUUGAAUGUCUGUUAUAUAGUUGUAACUAGUAACACAGGGUUGCUUUACAGCGCAAUGUUAAAAUGGAAUUUGGGUGAUAUCAAAUCGCGCGCUAAUUAAAAUAGCAUAACAUAUUGAACCGUAAGCUCUAUUGCAAUAAAGCUUUUUCUUUAUCUCGAUAAAAAACACAUAUUUUUUGUCGACGGUGAUACUAUUUAGAACUGUGUACAAAUGUUUGACUUACAAACAUACUUGGGUUUUAGAUUUAGCGUUGCACGUCUCUGUCUGCGUUUAGAAGUGAACGGAAACAAUCAAACAUCAACAAUAUGACCGAUAAAUAGGUUUGACAAAAAAAAAAGGUUGCGUGUACUUAUGUAGGCGCGUAAGAAGUUAUACUUUAUUUUUAUUAAAUUUAUUUCUUUUAUUUUUAAUAUUAA